GAUUCCCUUUAUUUUAAAAUAUGUCUUUCUUGAAGACACUACUUCACUACUUUUAAACAAGUUCGUUCGUAUAAUCUUAAUUUGCAAAUCCCCCUUUCUUUGUCCCAACUUUCUCGCAAACCUUCUUUCAACAAGCCCUUUAAAAACAGGGUUCUAAUCUACUUCUAAAUUGUGCUUAUUUGUAUUUUCUAAGCAAUGAACGAAGUACGACGAAAACUACAUAAACAGCGCGACAUUCUAAAUCAAACACUUCGAGAAGCAGAUGGGAAUUUCGAAGUCGCAUCAACAACCACUGAUUUUUUGGGCCUUUCCUCUCGAUCUCCGUGGGAGAAAUGCUCCAAAACAUCAAUCGCGAAACUUGUCCCUGGUAUCAACCGAGGGGUGUUCAUUGAUGUCGUAGUUACCAUUGAGCCCGCUAUAAUGGUUGGAGUCAUGACCUGUGUGCAGGAUAGUUCGGGGUUUGUGGAGUUGUCGCUAUACAACUGGCUCCCACGUACGUAUAUCAAAUCGCUAAGCGACCUCGACUGGGCCAUGCCUCUGGGAGCUCGCAUCCGCAUCCGUGAACCAUACCUUAAAUGCUCAGCGCCCAAUCCAAUGGCCAUAUUCACGGGAUGCUUUGUCCAAAACAUUUUCAUUCGAGUUGACGACCCAGAUGACAUAAAGUUCCAUCCAAACCAACCAACGCCGGAUUUCGCAGACCGGUUCAAGAAUAAUGUCAGCGCCAUUUUGUCUCCUCAAACUACACGCAGUCCCCCCACAGGCUUUGAACGAUGCUUUGCUAACUUCUUAGCGAAUGUUGAAGUGCGACCGUCGGCCACAGGAGAAGGUCUUUUUGCGACAAAACAUAUAAAGAAGGAUGAGAUUGUCCUCACUGAGAAAGCAAUCGUUGCCGCAGAGAGUCGAUAUGGGUUUGCAUUCCAGUCAGACAAAAGAGAAUACCAAGAUAUCAACACCUAUGCGUUGUACGAAGAGUUGGCUUUCCUCAACAGAUGCUCAAGCGGCGAGAUAUAUUUGCGUGUUGUGAGUCACCUUUUUCCCGCAAAUAUAAAUCCCGAGUCCAAGUCGACUCUACUUAGCAUCCAUGAAGUUGUGCAAUCUAAUACAUUCUCGGGCAGAACACACGACGAAUUUAUUAAAGCUUCAACCAAACCACCCUCUCCAGGAGAAGAACCAAAAAAGGGUGGUAGAAGUGGGUUGUGGAAUUUGACGUCAAAGAUGAAUCACGAUUGUGCCCCGAAUACAUAUUCGUCAAUUGUAGAUGAUGUGAUGUACGUGUUCGCACGACAGGACAUUCCUGCGGGGGCAGAGCUACUAACACGGUAUUUCGAUAUUGGAGUUGAAUUCCCAAGGAAAUUUGGCUUACGUGGGGAAGAGCGUUUCUUCAAGUGCAACUGUGCAACAUGUGUUGAGUGGCAAGGUCGUCGGAACAAAUCAGACAUCGAGGCAAUACUAGCUGCUCCGAGUGUAGCGCAGAUAGAGAAAAUUUGCCACAUGCGCCACAUCGACCUAGAGAACGGACUCAGCAAGCAGGAUGUCUACAUUCUCAGGGCUCCAAUCUUUCAAGUGGCCCAGGAUUUAAUGCUCAAAAAUCCACAACGUGCUAUGAAGUUGUUGUAUAAUCUCCUUGUUGCUCUGCGAAAAUUCGAUGGGGAAAUGGCGAUGGCUAUCCAAGUUCAUCUUGCCAUUACCGAAACAGCAAUGAUAUUAUUCCAAAUGAAACUCGCGAAAACAAAUUUGAAAGAAGCCUUCGACAUGUACCGAAGAUGUUUUAAGGGGUCAAAGGAUCAAUUUAAAAUACGCUUUCCAUAUAUUGAUUCGUAUCCAAAAUACGUUCUUCCUUAGUCAAAUGCAACAAUUUUGUUCAUCUAUCCAUAAUGAGAGACACAAUAAAACAAUAAAAAGCAGGAC